AUGCAUUCAAAGCGGUACCAACAAGCUGCGCAUCAAGACGAGGAUGACUUGGGCUACAUGCAUCCCAUGGGUGGUUAUUUAGAUGGACCCACCUGGACGACAUAUACUCAGAGCCCAACAUCGGGGCAUCGAGGCCAACAACAAUACGAUCUCCUAGCUCGGUCCAGGAGCGACGAUUCCGAAUCGCCGCGGCCUGUGUCUCCCCUCCGUCCAAGCGAGGAAUACGAACGCUGUGUACCUUCGCAGGAGCCCUCUCCGGUACAGCCUACCGUGGAUCCCAAGCACAACACCAGAGUUCAGUGCACAGAUAGGUCCCCACCCUCUGGAGGUCACGAUGGUCUCCGAAAACGCAUGUGGACGCCCAUGUGGUUGUCCAAGACAGUGCUGUUUAUCUUUGCUCUUGUCUUUAUCUGCAUGACGCUGGCCACCGGCCUUUUGUACCACUUCUCCCAGGAAAACAAUGGCAUCAGCACCCAAAAAGAAGCUAAUCACUAUGGGUGGAAAUAUGGACCAACUGCCUUGCUUGUCGUCGUCGGGGCAUUAUGGAAGCAGGUCGAUCAUCAUAACAAGAUGCUAGUUCCUUGGAAAGAGUUGCAACAAGGCCCAUCUCCCGCUGACAAGUCACUAUUACUCGACUAUGUUUCUCCCAUUGUGCCCAACGCUCUUUGGCAGGCCAUCAAGAACCGCCACUGGGCUGUUGCCCUCUCCAUCACAGGUCACUUGCUGAUACUCGGCACGACCGUCUUCUCCACCGGUUUGCUGAUCCUCGAGACAACCGAGGUGACCAAGACCAGUCAAGACUUUGGCGUCAAGAGUGAGUUUCGGGUCAAAGACCCAAAAGAUGUCGACAUUGCGUUCAAGGUCGGCCCAGCUGCCGCCCAAUUGUACUACGGCAUUCACUUCCAGGGUCUGCAGUACCCUGCCGGGACCUCCGAGAACCUCAUCCUACCCGAGCUCCAGCUCCCAAACGGCGUGUCCGACGAUCUCAAUUAUACUCUGACAACCGAGGGCAUUCGCGUAGGUCUUGAUUGCGAGAUCCUGCCCAUCACCAAUGGAACCCAGGCGAGAAUGCCCUGGAAGAGUAUCCUGGGGUCAUUCAUUGUGACCAAUAUAUCGACUUCCGAUUGCAAGAUUAAUGGCGUCACGAUCGGCGUUGGCCCUGAUCACAACUACUACCAUCAAAAGAAUGCGACGCAAAACUACCAGGGACUCUUUGGGGUGUACCCUUGCAAUAUCGAUUGGAACUUUGCUACCCAGUAUCUCCAAGCGAAUGACAGCGACAAACGCGACAUGAUUCAAGAUAUCUAUGCGGACCAGCGGAUAGUUCUGUCUGUAGCCGACUUGAGGGUAGCGCCAUGGAACGUAUCGAAGGCCAACCCAGACUAUUUCUACGCUCAUGAAGUCAAGGUGGCACUCUGCAAGCCGAGGUACAAUCUGCAAUUCUUCGACGUGCAGGCCGCGAGUCUCGUCAAUAAUUCUGCUCGAGCAGUCUUGUCGUCCAUCUCAACAUCGGGCCGGAAACUGGUCUCUGGAUUGCCCGUUGGAGCCGUCGCCAGGGGUGUCGAAACCGCCUCCAAGGCCCUCUACCUUGGACCUGGUGGUGAGGACUAUGCUCUGUCACAGGUAGUGCCGACAUUCUUCCAGCUUAUGAGCAUGAAGAAUGGAAACUCGUCGGUUGGCGCGUUCCUUGACCCCGAUUUGCUGAUUGAGACGGGGACAAGCGUGUUCAACGGCAUUGCUGCUCAACUGAUGCGACAACUCGCUCUUCAGCCUAUGGAGAAGCAGGUGGCGGGAAAUAUCUCGUAUGUCGAGAACCGCCUGCAUGUCAAAGCACAGUCGACUGGUUUCAUGUGCGCCUUCCUAGCACUUCUCACACUGAUAGCCGUUGGCACAAUCUUUGUCCGGCCUCGUGAUGUGGUCCCUCAUGAGCCUGGCUCCGCUGCUACUACGGCUGCUAUUCUCGCGGCGAGUAAUUCUCUGCGCCAGACUCUGAUGAACAUGGGGUCCCUUCGUCAGAGCCAGAUCCGCUCACGGUUACAGGGCCUCGGCUUCCGAAGUGUAGUUGUCCCUGGACCAGAACCAGCCUUCGUGGUCGAGCCCGUUGCUCAGAGCAAAGAGCAGGUCUCGUAUAAAGCAAGCGCGGAAACACAUGCUGUGCCUUGGUGGUGGCCCAUUGCAGGUACACGUUGGUUCCUGUGCGUGACCAUUGUGUUGCCGCUGCUUCUCAUCGCCGCUCUGGAGAUCGUUCAACGUCUUUCGGACGCCAACACUGGGUUUGUCGACAUUGGUCCGUCAGACUCGAUCGUCCUCGCAACAUACAUCCCAGCCGCUGUAGUACUUGGAGUUGCCAGUAUGUAUUCUGCCGUCGAGUUCAUGGUCGCUGUCUUUGCUCCAUUCCACGCACUCAGGAAGGGCAGAGCUCCCGCGGAGCGAUCCAUCAGCCUGAACAUGGUUGGCAAGCUCUUGCCCCAUGCAGCUUUCAUGUCCUUCAAGACCCGGCACUUCGCGGUCCUUGUGGCCUUGCUUGCCAAUUUUAUCGGCAGCUUUCUGACGAUUGUCAUCUCUGGUCUUUAUAGCGCCAUCAACGUGCCUCAAGUUCAGGAUUUGGCGAUCCAGCAACUCGACACGUUCAACUUUGACAAUGUGGACCUGUCACUCAGCGACAACCAGGCUGCUGCCAUCGACAGUUUGAUCGAGUACCUCGACUUGGACUAUCCACAAUGGACUCAUGAGGGACUCGUGUACAACCAUUUCAAGCCGCCUCAGGUGAAGAUUCAGAAUUCGAGUACUGAAGCGCCGUUCACCAUCAACGUCCCGGCAUAUCGGCCAAAGCUGAACUGCACGCCUCUUGUCGAGAAACGAGAGGUAAAAAUGGUCAUGGUCGAUGCCAAAGGGAACUACACCCAGAACAUCCCGGGACAGAACGGGUUCACCGAGGCCAUCCAGGGCUACAUGCAGGUUGGUUUCAACACCACCUUGGAUUAUGCUAAAUGGUGCGAGACUUCCCCAAACAAGAAUUUGACGGGAAAUUGGUGGAUGGAGUCGUUUCUCAUGCCUUAUACCUCGAACCCAGUAUACAUGGGGCAGGCCUCGGUCAUGCAAUGGGACCGCCAGUCCAUCUCGGGCAACGGUGCUAUCAAUACCAAUCCUACCACCGGCGAUGGCUACGGUGCCAACGGACUGAGCACUGGGAAUAAUGGCUGCCCGACCUUUGCGCUCACUCUCGGGACCGUCCAAGUCAAGAGCCUCAAGCAGAUCGGGAAGAGUUCCGCCAAAUGGAACAUCGAGUAUGAUCUCGAAACUGUGAUGUGCUACCAGAACCUGGAACAGGUGGAAACGAAUCUUACCUGGAGCCUGCCUGACUUUCAGUUCACCAGCUCAGGCAAGCCCAAGGUCGAUGAGUCUACGGCGUCCCUGGUGAGGAACGGUACAGGAAGCUAUCGGUACGAAUACGCCAUUAAUGCUUGGCUAGAGGGCCUGAGCGACUCUGUCUACAACCGCACCGUUCCGGGUCCGAACAACACGAGUCCGGCCUACGCCAAUAUCGACCAGUUCAUCUCGGCGCUCGUGCAUGGCAAGGCUGGACGGCCUCUCGAGGAAUACCUUGGGGAGAAGGGCAGGGAUAAGUUGGCUGAAGGAGCCAGCCGCCUGUACGAGGUCUAUAUGGCCCAGGCCAUGUCCUUGAACAUGCGCAGCAACUCUACUGACGGCACUCGACUGCCAUCGUACAACGGAACCUUGACAACAUCAGGGCACCGGCGACUGAAGCAGAACAAGCCCACCAAGAUUGCACUCCAGGCCAUGCUCGCGACCAUGGUCGUCUGCGCCAUCGCAACGACGCAGCUGAUGGAGGUCCGAGGUGUCCUGCCACAUAACCCGUGCUCAAUCGCUGGUACAGCGACGCUCCUCGCCGGCGGCGAAAUGACUACACCUGAAUUCGUUCCUCCCGGAUCAGAAUGGCGCAAUGAUGGAGAACUAGCUCAAUCAGGAGUGUUUAGCAGGAGUGUCUAUACGCUUAAGUGGUGGGACACUACCGAUUCACACAUGCGGGAGAAGCAGCGGUACGGUGUCGAUGUGGACCGUGCUAUUGGAUAA